CCGUCAGAGAGAGGAGGAGGAGGACGAGGAGGAGGAAGAGGAGGAGGAGGAGGAGGUGAUGCUGCUGUCUGGAUGUUGACACAUAUUUCUGCUCAUGAUUAAACCUGCAGUCUGGAAGAGAAGCAGCAGAGCGGAGGAAUGAGAGCGGACCGAACAUCUCCAUCAUCAUCAUCAUCAUCAUCAUCAUCAUCAUCAUCAUCAUCAUCAUCAUCAUCAUCAUCAUCAUCAUGCAGCCCACGGAGCGUCCAUUUCCCGCGGUUCCAUGAGUCGACGAGUUUGUGGGUUAAAGCCCCGGACAUGACAACAUAAAGCGAGUCCUGGCUGCGCACCGGGGAUGAAAACAGACCCAAGAUGGUCCGCAUCGCCAAGGCCCUGGGUUUGAUCAUCCUGAGCGUCGUCGUGCUCAUCCUGUCCCUCAUCAGCUACGUGUCUCUGAGGAAGGACAGCCUCUUCGGCUCCAGUAAAUACUACACCGGAGGCCCCAGGAUCAUGUUCCACGCAGGCUUUAGGUCUCAGUUUGCCAUGAAUUUCUUGGACCCUUCCUUCAUCCCUUUAACAAACGCCCUGAACGAGGAGCUCCAAGGAAAACCAUCAAAAUGGAAGUUCAACAGGACCGCCUUUUACCAGCAGAGGAAAGAUAUCUUCAGCUUCAUYGACAUUCCCAACAACUUCUCCCUCACUAAGAACAGUGUACGUGUGGGCCAGCUGAUGCACUUUGACUACUCCAGCCACAAGUACGUCUUYUCCAUCAGCAACAACUUCAAGUCCCUGCUCCCGGAAACCUCUCCCAUCACCAACAGGCACUACAGCGUGUGCGCUGUGGUGGGGAACAGCGGCAUCCUGACAGGCAGCCACUGCGGCCCCGAGAUCGACCAGGCCGACUUCGUCUUCCGCUGCAACUUCGCCCCCACGGAGAUCUACUCCAAAGACGUGGGCAGGAAGACCAACCUGACCACCUUCAACCCCAGCAUCCUGGAGAGGUAUUACAACAACCUGCUGACCAUACAAGACAGGAACAACUUCUUCCUCAACCUGAAGAAGCUGGAGGGAGCCAUCCUCUGGAUCCCCGCCUUCUUCCUCCACACGUCCGCCACGGUGACUCGAACCCUGGUGGACUUCUUCGUGGAGCACAAAGGCCAGCUGAAGGUUGAACUGGCCUGGCCUGGAAACAUCAUGCAGGACGUCAACAAAUACUGGAAGACGAAGAACCUCUCCCCCAAACGUCUGAGCACCGGGAUCCUCAUGUACACGCUGGCCUCCGCCAUGUGCGACGAAAUCCAUCUUUAUGGCUUCUGGCCCUUCGGCUGGGACCCCAACACGGGCAAGGAGUUGCCCUACCACUACUACGACAAGAAAGGGACCAAAUUCACCACCAAGUGGCAGGAGACGCAUCAGCUGCCCAGCGAGUUCAAGCUGCUCUACAAGCUGCACAGGGAAGGUGUGACCAAACUCAGCCUGACACACUGCACAUAGACGGUCUCUGAAGCCAGGAGUCAUGUACUUCAGCUCAUUUCCAACAUUUUUUUUUUUUUUUUGUGUGACACGUAAGCAUGGUAAAUGUCUUAGGGAGGGAUUUUUCAUUCUGCAGACACGUGCCACAUUGUAAUUUCACCUGAAGCACCUCUAGGCGGCUUCCAUCCCCGGUUGUUUGGGGGGACUGCUUACCGUGGCUAAACACCGGAAAGUCCAAUCUUCCCAUUCUGAUUGAUGCAGAUCAGCCUCCUUUACAACACUGAUUAUGUCAACUGAAAUCACUGCCUAAUCUCAGGGAAGGAGUUAGAUCAGUGUUUUUUUGUAAUCAGAUUUUAUGUCCAAGAGCGGUGCGGGUCAUUCUGCGCUGCUGCUGAAGAUGGUAUUUGUUUACAAGGCUACUCACUCUAGAUAUCUCACACAUGCUCGUCUUUUAGGUUUUUCUAGUGUGACUUUCAGCUUCAAACAUUGUUGAGAUUCUUCAGGUCUUUUAAAUAUUAAUAAUGUUCAACAUUCCAACAAUAAGCCAUAAACCGAUUGAGGAACAUCCGGAUGCGGUUGCAGACAGUGGCGUCGGCCUACAUUAGUGUCUCCGGGGRGCUGGAGGAAUUAUUUUAAAAACUGCUAUUCCGUGUGAUAAAUUUAUGAAAGUGACAAAGAGAGAUCAAUGGUGACUCAAUGGUUCAAGUUGUACCAAAAUCACGGCUGUCGUAAUGGAAUUGGUUUGUCACAGAGUGCUUUUUCAUAAAAUCUGAUCAUUACUACAAUUUAACUGCAAUACAUGGUUGUGACAAACUGCACUGUCUGUUUAAAGAUGUUUUAUUUCUGAGCAUUAUUUUUMAAAGCAUAUUAUUACUUAGGUUAUUAUUUAUGGGUGUGAUAAUCAUGGUGAUUGAUAAAAAUCAAUUUGGAAGUGUACUUUUUAAUGGUUUUGUUACCUAGCAGCUUUUUCCAYUUGACUCAGUUUUUCAUGCUAACAUAAAUUGGCGAUAUUUUGACUUUAUUUUUCUUUUUACAAACCGGAAACCCGACAUGUUAGCAARGAAAGACUAACAAGCUGUAAAUUUCAAAUCUGAGGCAGUUUUUGUGUUUUAUUUUCAAUGUAAGUGGCUAAUAUCGAUGCAUGCUAGUGUGAAUUUACAGCUAUACUGUAAAUUGUUUUUUGAGUUGAAAUAUUUUGGAUAAUAUUGACAUAUCAUGUACACUAUUCACGUCAGCCAAAUUUGAUGUUGCUUUUAUUAUUUUUCUACCUGAAUGAAUAUAAAGAAGCUAACGUUCGGUGCCUCAGGUUGAGGGGAGCAGGGAAUGGAUUAAAGAAUCAGGGCCUUAUUCUCAGUAAUGAGGGCGUUGCUUCGGUCAGUCGUGGUGAAGCAUGAGUUGGGUUGAAAUGCAAAGCUCUCAAUUUACUGGUCCAUCUACUUUCAUGAUGUUUGGAUCACGAGCAAAAGAACGAGACUCAGUUCGUUGAGGUGGUUUGGGCCUCRUGGUCGCCUUUGGAGGUUUUCCAGUCAUGUCCCACCUGGAAGAGACCUUGUGGCAAACCCAGAACUUGCACGUCCUCUCUGGUUUGGCAACACUUUUGGGUCCCUCCAGUAAGACCUGUGGAGUGUUGCUGCAUAGAGGUACAUCUGGAUUUCCCUCUGCGACUCGAYCAUGAAUAAACAUUAGAAAAUGGGCGGAUAGCUAGCAGCUAGCAGUUUCACUUGAAUUAAAGUCUUUAAAGUUAUUUUGUGAAACUGUUUCCAGUCUCCACCAUCUUUGAAAUCUUGAACAGUUUUAACAGAAACAGAAAACAUGGCUGAGCUGUGGCAGCAGUGAUCACGUUUACAAUCACGCAUCAUCGGCAUAAAGUGAUAUAAAUUUGGAGAUUUAAAUUGUUUAUUUGAACCCCUUUUUCUCCCGCAGGGUGGAUCGAUAAAACGACAUAUAGCUUAUACAAUAUACAUUUAAAAUAAAAGAAUGAUUCAAAUAAAUAAUUAAAAGGCCAAACUAACAAGACAUUUAAGUUCAUGGGUGAAUGUAAUUUUAUUUAGACUCUGAAUGUCUACAAAAAAAAUAAAGAAUAGGAAAGAAAUACAACACAAUAUCUUCCACUACCAAAUAAUCACUAAAAAAAUAAAAGAAUAAACAAAAGAGUAAAUUAUUUUUGAGAUUUUGUUGAUCUGUGACAGUAUUUGCAGCAUUAAAUGAAUGAAUUCCUGUGGACUUACUGCAUCUUGUAUAAAGAGCAUGAUCAUAUAACACUGCAUGUGAGGCACUAACAGAUAUCUGACGCUAGUUUUAUACAACCUUUUUAAACUUGUUGGAGGGUAAAUUUAGGUCUUUUGGUAUAGUUUGUAUUGACAUUUGUGUAAUCCGUAAUCAGAAUCUUUGUAUGAGAGUUGUUAAACAGCUAUAAUAACUCUCCUGCUAAAACACAUGGACCAAAACCUCUACAGAUCAAUUUACAACAAAAACACUUUUAUUUUUUUGUAAAGCUAACCCAGUAGUUUCUGCCUAUCCAAACUCCAACAACAGACAUGUUGACAACCCAAAGAGUCAAAUCUGGCCACAUGAUUGUCUCGUGUCUCUGCAAAGUGUGACCCUGUUUAACAAAAAGGUUUAAUAAAACAGAGCGACACCGUCUCUCACUCUUUUCAGCUGAUUUUUGUUGCCGUUCAGAUUUAGUGUGAUCGGACUUUGCUCGCCAUCUUUUCUUCACAAAUAUUACUUUUUGUUUUUAAAUCUCUUGAGACAGUGGACCUCUUCAGAUUCCUAAUCAGAUCAAACGUAUCUGGUGAAAAGUUUGUAACCAGAUUGUUAAUCUGUUUAAUUUUGUAAAUCCAGCUGCAGUAAAAGAACGCAGUAAAAUAUAGUGACUCCAUGAAUGUUCAACUUUUGGAGCGAUCUGACUGAAAAUUCCUCUGGUUCUGACAUGAAUGUUGGACAAAUCCGUUGAAAAAAAUUUUUUUAAUGUUUGAAAUGAAUAUGUAGAAUGUGUGUAAAACUUAUCAACGCUAAUAAAAGUCUGUAAAGAUUGUAAUGCCUCUGAGAAGCACCAGUACGGCUUUUUGUGCAUUAAAUAACACGACGAGGACAUGCAGAAGCUAAAAACAGACACUGUCUUUAUUUUAGACACAUCACUAUACGUGUUCUCUUCCAAAAAACCCUUUAACACUCAUGGACAUGUGUUUCUGUGUUUGUUUGUUUUCUGCAUGGAAAUAUUGUUCCAUAACGCAUAAAAAGCUUUAGCUGCUCGUGUACAUGUCAUGAAUCAUGUAUUUGGACUGUGAUGUCUGGUUUGUUUGAUCAAAACAAUCAUUUGUGUUAAAAAAAAGUGUCUUAAAUGUGUUAAUUAUGCUCCAUGAUAAUGGCCUUUAUGUGCCUGCAUAUUCCUUACAUCAAUGUUAAAUAAAAACAGUAUUUUCCUCUGAAA